CGCGGCGAUCGCCCGGGUACCAGGCCUCCUAGCCGUGUGAUAGCCGCACACUAGCCCAGCCCAUAGAGCGGGCGCGGCCACGCAAUAUCCUGUGAGGAGGCGGCGUUAGGACCAGGCGGAGCAACACGGAGCAGAUAACUCCUACCGGGUAUCCGACUGCAGCCGGAGUCUAUGGAGGAGAUCCCGUCGCUUUUAUGGGGUCUAGAUCCAGUAUUUCUAGCAUUUGCCAAAUUGUACAUUAAAGACAUAUUGGAGUUAAGGGAGUCCCAUCAAGUUCCAGGUAUCUUCUUCUACAAGGGACACCCUAUAAAGCAGGUGGAUAUUUUAGGGACGGUGGUCUGUGUUAGAGAGAAGGAGAACUUUUACAGCUAUGGAGUGGAUGACAGCACAGGGGUUAUCAGCUGCACUUGUUGGAAGAACACCAUGAAUAAUGCGUCCUCAUCAGCGGUCCCGUCUCACCAGAGUGCGUCUGAACCAAAGGGUCUCGAUGACCUGAUGCAAGAACUGUACAGAGAGGAGAGCAAGCAAGCCAAGAUGGAGAUAGGGGAUGUUAUCCGAGUUCGGGGUUACAUCAAGGUGUUCCGGAACCAGAGAGAAAUAGUGGCAUCGAGUUUCUGCAAAGUGGAUGAUCCGAUGCUCAAUAUGCAGAUCGCUAGGAUGUUUGAUGUUUUGUAUCUGUACAGAAAUGUCUACGACAAGGUUUUUGAAAUCCCCAAACACUUGAAAGAUCCAUCAGGGGAGAAAACUGAUCAGGACGUCAUUUCCACGUCAAGCCUCAUCUCUCUGCUCAGUGAAAAAAUUAAAGUCUUCCUCGCAGAGAACAAAAUCCAGAAUUUCUAUCAGCGGGAAUUAGAAGGCGUUGCCUGUUUGCUGGCAGUCGCUAGGAGUUCAUGUACCGAUGCCAAGGCAGACACAAAAAUGAAUUCCAGCGCCAAGGAAAUUGAUAACCUAUUUAAAGGAGCCAUUCGCUUGCUUCUCGAGCAGGGCAUCGUCUUCCAGAAAGGACAACAUCGAGAUGUUUACCAAGUAACUGAUCACGAUAAAGAAUUAUACAAACUAACUCUGAAUGUCAUUCAAGAGGACUGUAAAAGGCAGAAACAUGCGGAAAAAGGCUGUCACUUCCUACACGUCCUAAACUGUGUUCGGCAGAGCCUCGGCCCGAACGUACGGGAGGUGGUAUUACAGAGGGUUAUAGGGGCCCUGGAGAAUAACAGCGAUAUUGUGAGCACCAUGGAAAAUUACUAUACUGCCUUUUAACAAACACAUUGAGGAUAAAUACUUUACGUUCCAGUCUUUUUCAAGAUCGCUUCAUAACGCAUGCGCACUCUCAUUACCUCUAUCUUGUACCUGGAGCGUUAUUUCCCCGUAUCCCAAAGGUUAACUCGUUUAAAUAUUAAAGCAUCUUAAAUAUUGCGGAACCAUUUAAAAAAAAAAAUAA